AUAAAUUCCUUAUAUGAUGAUAAUUUAGUAUUAUUUAAAAAGAAUUAAAUGUUUAUAAGCACACUAAACUUGUUAUUAGAACUGAGAAAGGAGACUCUAGAAUUAGAUAUCAUAAAAUAGCAUUUAUAAUAGCAUAGUUUAAUGAGUGAAAUAGAAAUAAAUGCAUUGAUGGACUUAACAAAAUAAAUAAAAGAAUCAGUCACUGAUGAUCAAUAGAGGGUUGUGGUUCUAAAUGAAAUUGAUGCUAUUUUAUUAACUAUAUUGCAAGAAAAAAGAGAUGCCAAUUCAAAUACUGAUAACUUUUUAAAUUAUGUACAAUAAAGCAAUUAAAAUAAUAUCGGCAUAGCAAUACUUAAUAAUAGUGGACAAUUCAGUAAGAUUAUAACACUAUAUCGAUAGUCUUGACUGAUCAACUUACAAGAAAUAUUCUCGAAUUAAAUAUAUUGAAAUUAGAAGCAAUUAACUUUUUUUCCUUAAUAAGCAAAGUCUCUUAAAAUAUGUUGAAAGAAAAAUCUAAUGAUUGCUGCCUAUUAUAAUAGGGGAAAGUUAAGGAAACCUUUUAAUUGGCCAUGUAUUCAAAGAGAAACAAAAAAAAAUGUAUUUAAUAUUUGAAACAAUUUGCAAAAGAAAAAGAUAAGAGGAAACUAAAGAACUCUUUAGCAAAAAGUAAUUUAUUAUCAUUAAAUCGCAGAUACAGAUGCAGAACCAAUACAAUAGGAAUUAAUCUUAAUGGCGAAGUACUUAAAAUCGCUGUAAGUCACAAUAGAAAAGACGAAUCUAUAAUUACAUGAUGAUUUCAUAGAAUCCUUCAGAGAUUCAAAUGAUAUACUACUACACAACCUACCUUCAUUAAAACCAAAUUAAUUAAACUAAGUGGCUGUCUGUGAGAUAUUUGAGUUGGAUUAGCAUCUCAAUUUCAAUGCUGAAGCCUUGUUAUCUGAUCCCUACAUUAAGAAGAAUGAAGGUAACAUGCUGUAUGGAUAUUUAUAGUCAAGUGGAGUAAACUAGUUAGGAAAUUGGGUGGUUAGGAGCCGAGUUAUGAUGACUUUAUUAUAUGA